UCUUUCAAUUAAUGCGAAUAACUUGCCAUUUCUGUAAUAUUGAGAUUAAACCAACACAAAGAGUUGAAUAGUGACUGGACUAUGCUCCAUUGUUGACUGAGGAGACCCUUUGAGAGAGCACAGAGAAGAUGAGUGAUCCACUUGUGACAAGUUCGAGUCCCUCAAUAUUUCAGCGAAUAUCUAUAGCGUACCAAAAAUACCUAGACUUGGUAGUCCCAUUCCCCAUCCCUCGUUGGAUAGGCUGCACUGUUCUAUUGCUCCUCUAUUUUGUGAGAGUGUACUUCUUGCAAGGCUGGUACAUAGUCACCUACGCCCUGGCCAUCUACCUCCUCAACCUCUUCAUAGCGUUCCUCACUCCAAAGUUUGACCCGGCCGCAGCAGAAGAGGAUGAUAUCGAGGAUGGACCAGGAUUGCCGACAUCGUCUAAUGAAGAGUUCAAACCAUUCAUUCGACGAUUACCAGAAUUUAAGUUUUGGUUGUCUGCGAUACGGUCUAUUCUGAUAGCUCUGUUUUGCACCUUCUUCUCUCUGUUCAACAUCCCCGUGUUUUGGCCUAUCCUGGUUAUCUACUUCAUCAUGCUCCUGGUCAUCACCAUGAGAAGGCAGAUCAAGCACAUGGUUCGCUACAGGUACCUCCCAUUCAGCUAUGGCAAGAGGCGAUACAAGGGCAAGGAAGAGGCCAUUCCUUCACAAUGAACUCUCUAGGCACUGAACAAUGUUGUAUAGCAAAAUUAUAUACGGUAAUUAUAUAGUCUCAUGUGCUCUCUUUAUUUUAUACACUGGUGAAUAACAUGCAGACUGUUUAAUAAUUAUGUGAAAUUCAAAUCUUUAA